UUCCUUCGUUCAAUUGAGAUAUUCAUUCCUGGAAGCUCCCUUCCUCCAUUGCUGCGCUUUUGGAGCUUCUACUUUUAAUUUUUCCACAGCUUAGAGUUCACACGGAUUCUGCUUUUUUUAAGCUUUCUUUUCGAUUCAUUCUUCCAUUUUCCUUUUCAUUUCUCGAUUUCUUUUCGAUAUCCGAUGUUCAGUUCAUCCUCUGGAUCGAUUCAUCCUCUGUGACUCCCCAGAUUUUUUCCCGGAAAAUUGUUGUAUCGUUUCUGUUUGGAUGGUGGGAAAAUUUUGCCCCACUGCAGUUUUGAAAGUGGCGUUGUUGUUCUUGUUUUUAGGGUUUAUUCGAUUGAAAUUUGAAUAGAACGAACAAAACUGGGCUGAGAUUUUGUUCUUUUUUGUAGAUUCCUCUGAGUAAAAUUAUUCUGAUUCGUUCAAAUGCUUGUUGAUUUAACACACUUAUUGUCAAAUUCCUAUUCGGAAAUAUCCUCCAUCUCUCCACAUUUAGUGAAUUUUUCUCUCUGUGUUCUUCCUGUUCUUCCUGUUCUUCAUCUAUUUAACAAUUCUUCUGUUUCUCUUGUAGAAUUUCACGUUCCCAUCAUGAAUAACUGUUUGUUUCAAUCUGUUUGAGUUGAAUUCUGUUUCUAAAUUGUGUUUCAUGAAGUGGGAAAUGGAAAUUCUCUCCCCUCCUUCACUUGUUUCCACUAUGAGUUGGAGCUCCGGCAGCAGUGAUAGCAAGAGCUCAAGAUGGACUGUAGCUGAGAACAAAAUGUUUGAGAAUGCUCUAGCUAUCUACGACACCGACACGCCCGACCGGUGGCAGAAAGUCGCCUCGAUGAUCCCUGGAAAGAAAGUUGGGGAUGUGAUUCGACAGUAUAAGGAAUUGGAAGCUGAUGUUAGUAGUAUUGAAGCUGGCUUGGUUCCAAUUCCUGGUUAUGAUACCUCCCAAUUUACUUUAGAUUGGGUUAGCAGCCAUAGCUACGACGGAUUCAAGCAGUCGUAUGGCGUCGUCGGUAAACGAUCCUCCGGGCGCUCGGCUGAUCAGGAGAGGAAGAAGGGAGUUCCAUGGACGGAGGAAGAACAUAAGCUGUUUUUGAUGGGGUUGAAAAAAUAUGGUAAAGGAGACUGGAGGAACAUCUCGAGAAAUGUCGUGGUAACGAGAACUCCAACGCAAGUAGCUAGUCAUGCUCAAAAGUACUUCAUUCGGCAGCUCUCGGGUGGAAAGGACAAACGAAGAGCAAGCAUCCACGAUAUAACUACAGUUAAUCUCAACGACACGAGAAGCCCGUCACCCGUAAACAAGAAGUCAUCGUUAUCACCGGAGCAUGCAGCUGUGCUCCCCCGCCAACCGAAUUCAUCGUCAUCCAUUCCCCAAAACACCUUCAAAUGGGACCAUCACCAUCACCGCUACCAACAACAACACGACAGUGGCAGAGCAACCGUGGUCUUCAACCACUCGAACGGGAACAUUUUCAUGUCCCCAGCCGUGUUCGGGGCGAGCUCCUACGGCGACGUUGGACUACCGGAGCAUCAUCACCUGCAAAAAGUUGCAGGCAAUGAAGCCUUCAUUGGACCCCAAAACAUGAUCUUUCAGAUGCAGGCUAGCCAUUACUUUCCUCAUGGAUAGUUGAAAAUUGAGCGUUUUUUCUUCUUUCAUUGUUCUCUUUGAGCUAUCGUUUAGUAUAGCUGUACUCUUAAUUCCCCCGUAGUUUAUGGAGAUAUCUGGUCAUGUACUUUAAAACACAGUCCAUUUCAUUUUCACUGUGCCUUUUCCAUUGGGGGCUUCCAAUUUCAUGCCGGAACAAAGCAUUUAGAGAUGGGCAAAAGAAUAUGCUUUGCCUAUUCAAUGAAAAAUGCUCUCAACCCGUUCAGGCCGAAGAGAUAAACCAAAAGGCCGUCAAGCUCGUAAAUCGUCCAAGGAAGAAGCUAUCUGUGUUUCUCUCGAUAGGAUUCUUGUCCACAUUCACCAACUAAGCAUUGACUCGAACCGUUCUGACUCGACAAACAGUCGUACUUCAGUGUCGAGACAAUUGAAAUACCGAAACCGAAGAGGAAAGAAAGCAAGGAUCUAUGGUGAUAUCAGUGAUUGUGUAUAAACUUUUAAGCAUUAUUGUUAUUCAUUUGUGAGUUCAUAUGUUUUGAGACAAAUUUUGUGGAUUUUCAGGUUUGAA